CGAAAUAUUGCCUGUUUCAUGGAAGAAGAUUUUGAAAAUGUCCUUCAACCCGUGGAUAGGGUUGUUGUUGACAAAAGUAAUGACUGUUGGGCAGUAAGGACUCAGCUGAAAGUUUUAAUGAGACAGAUGAUUGUGGGCAAUUAUGGACCAGAUAUAUCAGCAAUAAUCAGAGAAAAGGUUUCAGAAAUGGUUCCAAUUGUCGCUGCUGAGAAGCAAACACAAACAAGACAACUCUUUGCUACCCACUUCACUGGAAACGGGAAACCCCAACUUCAGCAAGAAAGUCUUUUGAAUAGUCACUAUAAGGGAGAUAAAAUAACUGAAUGGUCUGAAAAAAAGUCCUCAACUUCAAGUAACCAAAUCAAAAUGGAAAAUGGAGACCUGGUCAUUCCAGAAAAUGGCCUCUACUACAUCUAUGCCCAGACAUACUUCCGUUACAAGGACCCAGACGAGGGAAAAAGUAAACAGCUAGUGCAAUAUAUUUACAGAAGAACAGACUACCCCCGUCCCAUAGCACUGAUGAAAAAUGUGAAGACAACUUGUUGGUCCAAAGAGGCACAGCAUGAACUGCACUCCAUUUACCAAGGAGGUGUUUUUAAACUAAAUAAGAAUGACCGAAUUUUUGUUUCAGCAAGUAAUGCAAGUAUGGUAGACACAGAGGCAGCAGGAACCUUUUUUGGAGCAUUCCAGGUUUUCUAA